CCUCUUGGGAUUCUUCCCCUCAGCCGUCGCGCCAUGGAGGAGCCGCGAGCCGGGAGCGUCAACUGCGAGCCGGGCUGGUACUUGUCGGCUCAGGAGCUGGAAGACGGAGCCCCGCUCCUGGCGCCCCCGGGCAGGAGACCUUUGAAUCCUAUCUCAUCUGGUGCUUCCUUUGGCUUCUCAGUGUUUAAUUUAAUGAACGCUAUCAUGGGCAGUGGAAUCCUGGGGUUGGCCUAUGCCAUGGCCAAGACUGGAAUCAUUGGAUUUAGUGUGUUGCUGUUGAUUGUUGCCAUACUUGCAUCUUAUUCUGUAUUUCUGCUGCUUAGUAUGUGCAUUCACACUGCUGUCACUUCCUAUGAAGAUCUUGGUCUUUUUGCAUUUGGCUCUCCUGGAAAGGUUCUUGUAGCCAGUACAAUCAUUAUACAGAAUCUUGGAGCCAUGUCAACUUACCUGUUCAUUAUUAAGUCUGAACUUCCUGGUGCCAUUGCAGGACUUCUGAGCGAAGACCACAGCAGCUCCUGGUACCUUGACGGGAGAUUGCUGUUGCUGAUUACCUCAGUUUGCAUUGUCUUCCCUCUAGCACUUCUUCCGAAAAUUGGCUUUCUUGGCUACACAAGUAGUUUAUCAUUUUUCUUUAUGGUGUACUUUGCUCUUGUGAUCAUAAUUAAAAAGUGGUCCAUUCCUUGUCCUCUGCCACUAAAUGUUGCUGUUGGGUUCUUCCAGGUUUCAAAUUCUACUGGGGAUUGUCAACCAGCACUCUUCAAUUUUUCCAAGGAGAGUGCUUAUGCCAUUCCAAUUAUGGCUUUCUCAUUUCUCUGCCAUACAUCAGUACUGCCAAUUUAUUGUGAGCUACAAAGUCCAUCCAAAAGCAGGAUGCUGAAGGUAGCCAACACAGGAAUUGGUCUGAGCUUUCUAGUUUAUUUUGUGUCAGCGCUAUUUGGAUACCUCACUUUUUAUGGCCAUGUGGACUCAGAAUUGCUGCAAGGAUACAGCAGGUACCUGCCCCAUGAUAUUGUCAUCCUAACAGUGAAACUGGGCAUCCUCUUUGCUGUGCUGUUGACGGUGCCCCUAAUCCACUUUCCUGCAAGGAAGGCAAUAAUCAUGAUUUUUUUUUCACAUCUUCCUUUCUCCGUGAUCCGCCACAUUCUCAUCACUUUGGCACUCAAUGCAACUGUUGUGUUGCUUGCAAUGUACGUGCCCGACAUCAGACACUUUUUUGGAGUAGUUGGUUCAACCACGUCAACCUGCUUGCUCUUCAUAUACCCGGGGCUGUUUUAUCUCAAGAUCAGCACAGAAGACUUUAUAUCACGACAGAAACUUGGGGCGUGUGCACUGCUGGUUUUUGGCCUCUUGGUCGGUCCUCUCAGUUUAGCCCUAAUCAUUUACAAUUGGAUUCAUCCGUGAAAGAAUCCCUGCUUAGAACCGUGCACGUGAACAGCAGGCCGAAGGAACAUUUCCAGCAAAGUCUUACGUAAAAUUACUCUGCGAAAUGCUGGGCGAAGACUUCCCAGAGCUUUGGAAAGCCAUCACAAAACUACACUGCAAAUCCAUUUUCUCUUCGCUGUAGUAAUCCCUGCCCUUCUGCAAAGUUCUGCUGGAGCUGAAGAAGGUUAUCGUAGCAGCUCUACACCUGCAACUUCUCCUCUCUCCCUGGGCGUCGUGGCACACAUACGUUUCUCUGCCCAGCAAGCCGCUGCCAGUGGGUAAACUUGAAGCACAAUGACAUUAUGUUACAUCAGCCUUCCCCAACCUGGUGCCCUCCAAAUCCGUUGGACUACAACUCCCUGUGGCUGGCUGGGGGAUGCUGGGAGCUAUAGUUUUAACACAUCUGGGCUGCCCCAGGCUAGAGAAGGCUAUGUCACAUUGUCUAGUUCCAGCCUCAGGUGCCAUAACGGAGCUGAACAGGGAUUACAGUGCGAAGAAUAUAAUUUGUGGACUUUCAGAUUAAUAAAAAAUCAUACGUCUAAGUACCCAAAUGUGGAAGGGUUACGGCUGAGAUCCAGCAAGACAGGUGGUCUUCCAAGAACGUUCUGUUGAAAGGGGCUGAAAUCCUGCCACACCUGCCGCUGUCAGUUUCCCAGAAAUCACUUGUCCAGCUUCCUUAGGCCCGGAGUUCUGGGUUUGGCAAAGGGAAGCCAGGCCAGUCUAGGUUUGAUUAAAGCCUGCCGUCCGAGACAAUUUACAGUUCAGCCGAGGAGUAAGAAAUAACGAUGAGGUUAUGCUGCCUGCCAGUUGUCCUGACUUUGCAAGUGAACUGUGCGAUAUGUAUUGUUUUUUAUACUUCGGUGCAUUUGAAGAUAAGAUCAUGGGGUUGAUGCGAAAUAAAACACUGUUCCUUUGAAGUGCGUUGUGCACUAUGAAACCUCCAUUUUAAGGAUCUUCCUUAAUGGCAACCUUCAAACAAUGUGUAUUAACA